AUGGACGCCCUACUCAACUCAACCAAUUCCAAUGCUCGCGGGAUCCCAGAGGCUCCUUUCGUGGAAAAAGUUGAAGACUUUAUAAAAGAUCCUAGCGACUUCGAUGUAUGCUUCAACAAGUUCCAGGAAAGACUAUCGAAAUACAAAUACAUGCAAGAAUCCAAGCUUCUCACGGUGAAACAAUUGAAACAAAAGAUUCCAGACAUCGAAAAUACACUCAGCAUGUGCCAUGCGCUAAAGAAACAACAAGAACGCGGCCGCAAUUUAGAAACCAAUUACCAGCUUAACGAAACACUUUACACUACAGCAGAGAUAGACACUUCGAAAGAUUUGAAAGUGGGGCUUUGGCUCGGGGCAGACGUAAUGCUGGAGUACCCUGUGGACGAGGCCAUCGAUCUGCUGAAUGAGAAACUCGCAGAUGGCAGGAAAAACCUCGAAAUCAACCAGGAAGACGUGGAGUACCUAAGGGAGAACAUCACUACUAUGGAGGUCAACUGCGCCAGACUCUACAACUGGGACGUAGAAAAACGCCAGCAAUUGAAGCAAGCGCAGCAAAAAGCCUAA